CAAAUGUAGAGGACAACCUUUUUCUUUUCUUUCCUUGUGAGAUUUUUUUCUAGUAUAAUUAUUGGCUUGAUUGCCACAAUUUUUAGAAGGAAGCAUUUGUUCUACAUAGGAAAUAAUUAAUGGUUACCAUAGCAGCAUUAUAAUGAAGAAAAAAGAAAUCUGAUAGCAUGGAUCAUGAAAGUGUUUGGAUGAAUGCAGAUCAGCAAGAGCCCUACAAUACAUACUCCUAAUGGCUGAUAGGCCAACACUACAGGAAUUGGAGAGCCUCACCCUUCCAGUACCUGAGGAAGAUGUAGGAACCCCAGGGAACGUAAGUCAAGUCUCCUCGGUGUCAGCUCAUAGUCGCUGCCUACUAGUCAAAGGCAACACGCAGCGAGACGUUUACAUACAGCAAGGCCUGGAGUUCAGUCGUGGGGAGGAUACUCGGUUUGGUAUAGGAAAAUGGAGACCACAGUGUUUACAAAGAUGCCUCAACAUCAAGGCAUUUGUGGUGUGUAUGAGUGUGCUUCUGGCUGUCUCAGGGACCUUGUCUACAGGAUAUUUGAACAGUGUGCUUACAACGAUUGAAAAACGGUUUGAAAUUGGUAGUUCUAUCUCUGGACUUAUCGCAGCAUCCUACGAAUUUGGUUCUCUGGUGGCAGUUGUAUUUAUCAGUUACUUGGGAGGACGUCGUCACAUUCCAGUAUGGAUAGCAACGGGGAUCUUCUUCAUGGGUCUCGGAGCAUUCCUUUUUACUCUGCCUCAUUUUAUUGCCGAAAAAUACACUGUGUAUCGGGGUUUAUCUGUCAAUAACACAGAAGAAAACAUAUGUAAAAUCAAUAGUGAUUCCUUGGGGGAUGGAUGUAUUGACAAUGACUCAGGGAAUUGGAUGUAUGUUUUAAUUCUGAUAUCCGCCCAGAUAAUGAUAGGCACUGGCAGUACCCCAAUCCUUACCCUAGGGACAACUUACGUUGACAAUCACGUCCAUAAAGAUAAAGCUCCAGCAUAUUUGGCAUUUAUUUAUGCCUCUGGAGUUUUGGGCCCUGUUCUGGGAUAUGGACUAGGGGCACUGCUAUUGCAGUAUUAUGUGGACAUGUUUAGCUUUGAGGUCAACAUCCGACCUGGUGACCCAGAGUGGAUAGGGGCCUGGUGGGGAGGGUUUAUCUUAUGUGGCACAUUCCUCAUGCUUCUUGUGUUCCCUUUCCUGUCAUUUCCGAGGACGCUGGUGGCCGAGAAGGCUAAACUGCUGGAGUAUAAAUAUAGUGAGGAUAUACUGAAGAAAGAGAAGAAGGAAGACCAGCAGUCAAAGCAUAGUAAUGAAUACGGCAAGACUAUUAAAGACAUUCCCCGUUCCAUGCUGUCCCUGUUGAAGAACAAGGUGUACUUGAUUACCUGUCUGGGGAUCUGUUGUGAGAUCUCUAUAGUCAGUGGCUUUGUCGUGUUCCUUCCUAAGUACCUGGAAACACAGUUUGGCACCUCCACCUCCAUGGCAAAUCUGUUUACUGGUGCUAUUGGCAUUCCUGGAGCAGUAAUUGGUAUUCUAACAGGGGGAUUUCUUCUGAAGAGGUUCCAGUUAAAACCAAAAGGAGCCAUUCAGCUGACCCUCUUGCUGGACUCCCUUGCUUUGCUUGGUUUCCUGUCCUUUCUGGUGCUGGGGUGUGAGAAUCCCAAGAUAGCAGGAGCCACCUUUCCAUAUCAUGCUUCUAUCAACAUGAACAGUUCAGAGCUGGAGGAGUUUGAGAUAGAAGCCAAUCUGACGUCCACUUGUAACAUUGGCUGUUCCUGCUCGAAUAAUGACCUUGAGCCAAUCUGUGGCAUUAAUGGCAUUACGUAUUUUUCACCUUGUCACGCAGGCUGUACCCAGUUCUUCUCUCAUAUCACAACAGAAGAAAAGAUGGUGAAUUUCAGUGGUUGUUCUUGUAUCAUGGAAAACUCGAGCAUUUCCCCAGAAGUGAUCAUGUCCCCCGUGGCAACCAGUGGACCAUGUAAAUCCACCUGUCAGAACCUGCUACCUUUCCUAAUUCUUCUGGUGAUCCUCACCUUUACUGUGGCUGGCACACAGAUGCCCCUCCUUAUGAUUACACUCAGGUCUGUCCAUGAAGAGGAGAGAUGUUUUGCCCUUGGUCUUCAGUUUGUCAUUCUGAGAUUGUUUGCGUACAUCCCCUCUCCUAUAAUGUUCGGGAACACCAUUGAUACAGCCUGUCUAUUAUGGAGGGAUUGGUGCGGAAGUUCGGGGUCAUGUUCAAUCUAUGACAUUGUACAGUUUAGAUAUCGAUAUAUAGGAAUUUCAGCUGGUCUGAAAUUUAUGGGAACUGUGUUUUUCCUCGUUGUAUGGAUUCUUAUGCGUCGACAGAUUAGAAGAGAUUUACAGUUAAAUCUUCCUGUUGGUGAUAUUAUGUCUUCUAUGAAUUCCAUAAAUAAGUUAGACCUUGACUACCCUCAGCGCCACUCCCUCCCCCGACGGGGGUCUGGAGAUCAGACUCAGGCCAUGGUUGAGGACCACCAAGCACCAAAUGAGUCCAGCCUGUGAUAUUUAUCAAAUCAAAACAUAUAUCCUCACUCCGUAUUGCCAAUGUUUGUAAUUUUAAUAACAUGUACAAUGAUUGUAUAUCACAAUUUUUUUUUGUAAAUAUCAGUUGUAAUAUCAUUUUUUUUUGGCCACUGUUUAUCCCACGUGUCAAAUGGUGUAUAUACAUAUAUAUAUAUUUAUAAUAUGUAUCAGACAAUUGUGUUCAUGUUACGUUUUCCUUGUUUCAAUAUAUACAAUGUAAUUUUGUCAUAAUAUCUUGUGAAAAGAAUUUCCUUCAUGCAGAAUGAUAAUGAUAGCUUGUUGACUCUUUAAGGUAUUGACGGAUUGUAGUCACAAAGCAGAGGUUAUCAGGAUUAUAAUAGUUGUCAGUAAUGAUAAAUCGCCCAAAACGGCAUUUAUUGAAUCGGCUUUAGAUGUGCAAUGUACAUAUCUACAACAUAUAUUGUCCUGUAUAUCACUAUGUAAAUUGUCAAAUAAUUGUGAAGUUUUUGUCCUGUUUUUUGAAAUUAUCAAAUAUUUGUGAAAUUCAUGUUUUUGUGACAUGUAGAAGUUCUUUGUGUUGUUGAUGUUCGUGUGAUAGUUACAAUGUAGCAAACAUUUGUAUCAGGGAAAGGGAAUAGAUGAAGUUAGAGAGAUUUUAAAGUGAUGUGGUUUAUAACUUAGUGUUUAUUUUGAAAGUCUUUGCGUUCAAGUGUAUUUUUUCUUAACCAAUGUCAAAAUUUAAAAAAAAAAGUUAAGUUCUCAUAAGAAAAAGGAAAAUUACAAGUUAAUUACAUUGCAGCUUUGCAACCUAUAAAAUAGUUGCCAUGUCGAGGAUAUUCCAAGUUUUUCAAAAAAAUAUUGAUAAAUCUUAGUUUACCAGCAAGCUGGCUCAAUGACUAUAUCUCAAUAUGUAGAAAAUAUCUGUAAAUUUCUAAGGAAAGUAAAUUCUCAAAAAAUUGGAACAUUAUUUUUACACCUGCAUCCCUAUGUCCAAACACUCAAAAUUUCGCACCAUAUUCCUUGAUUUUUUUUUUAAUUGAUAAUAGUUUUGAAGGUAGAAUAAUAGAACAAGAGAUAUAAAAUAUGUUUUAAGUUCUAAUUUAAUGAUGUUAUUCAUGCCUAAAAACAACAAGCACAUUCACACUUUGUUUAAGAGCUCUUGAAGGAAGGUACAUGUAACUUAUGUACAGUUGUAGGGAUUGAAAAGUGUUCCAAGGGAAAAAACUCUGGCAGUCAUGCAUACUGAGCAUUAGAUUUAUAUAACUUCAGCUUUGGCAUUAUAAUUAUUAGUGCUAAUAAAAUAUAUAACAAAGAACUUUUUAUUUUAAAUAGGAAUGAAGAAAAAAUUGUAAGAUGGGUCAGAGCUUAUAUAAUCUUGUAUUUACUGUAAGUAAUUAUUUAUUAAUACUCCCCAGUAUAAAUAGCAAUGCAAUAUACAUGUGUUCAAGGAGGAAUACAAAACAUGUUAUUCCCAAUUGUAGCCCAGAAAGUGUUCAGAUUAGAAAUAUUCAGUCAAAGUUUUGAUUAGUUCUUGCCAGAUUGCUUGUAGGCCAUAUAUUUUAUAAAUCAUAAGUUAGAAAUUACGCAAUACAUGUAUUUAGAGUCGAGGCUAAUUUUUAGUCAGUGAGUUGCCUCUUUAUAUUGAUAGUGAAAUUAUGCUUGCCAGAUUACUUGUAUUUUAUUACAGGAAUGAAUUAUUUAUAUGUUUGGAAAGGAGUUUCAAUGUAUUGGUUAUUUAUUUUCAUCAAUGUCUAAUAAUUUCAGAUAAUGAACUAGUAGUUAUUUGAGAAUUAUAAUUGCAUACCCCCAAAAAACAAAAUUGACAUUCAUAUGUCCCCCCCCCCCCCCCCCAACCAACCAACCAACCAACCAAAAAAAAAUAUGAUCACUCUGAAGAAUAAAUAUAGGAAAUGAAAAUCAAUUUAAAAAAAGAUGUUUUGUGAAUAGAAGACUAACUUGAAGGUAAUUUAAUAGAGCUGAUAUGUUAAAUACAAAAGUUUUACGUAUUUCAUUGGUACUUGAUUGGGCAUACAUAUGUAAUAAGAGGAAGUUAUAUAGUUCUGCUUGUAGCAAUUUACAAAUUCCUUUCUUUUUUGUAAAGUUUGAUGCUAUAUAAUAUUUUUCACCUUUUAAUCUUUUCUUAAUCAAUGCAAUUUUACUGUGUUUUUGUGCAUUUGCUCUGUAUUCCAUGUUUUUGUUCUUGGCAGUUAUUUUCCAAAAUAAGUUAAUUGUUAAAAUAAUGAAUCUUUUGGAAAUUUGUUAUUAAUCUUGGUUUUUGUUUACCUAGAAGUGAUCAAAUGUGAUACAUGAUCUGUUUUAAAAUAAAGUUUAAACACUA